AUGGCAGGCUCCAAGAUCCGCGACUACUUCCACGUCGACUACAAGCCCGGAGAGCGCGUGCUGGUUCAGAAAAUCGACUUCUUCAUUCUGACCUUUUGCUGUCUCAGCUACUUUGUCAACUAUCUCGAUCGCAGCAACCUCGCCAACGCCUAUGUCUCUGGCAUGAAGGAUGAGCUUGGCUUCGUCGGAGACCAAUUGAACAUCAUCAACACUUGCUUCACCGUUGGCUAUGUUUUGGGCCAGAUCCCCUCCAACAUCUCCCUGCACUAUGUCAAGCCGCGCAUCUGGUUUCCCUCGAUGAUGAUCCUUUGGGGCGGCCUCACCAUGGUCACCGCCUCGGUCCACAGCCCAAACGCCAUCAUGGCCAUUCGCUUCUUCCAAGGCCUGUGCGAGGCUUCGACCUUUGUCGGCACACACUACAUCCUCGGCGCGUGGUACACGGAACGCGAAUUGGGCAAGAGAAGCGGCAUCUUCACCGCAUCUGGACUUGCAGGGACCUUGAUCGGCGGCUUCAUCCAGACGGGCAUCAACCACAGCAUGAACGGCCGCCACGGCCUCAGCGGAUGGCGUUGGCUCUUCAUCGUCGAUGGCCUCCUCACCAUCCCGGUUGCGACCUACGGCUUCUUCUUCUUCCCCGACACUCCCAACACUACCACGGCCUUUUACUUGACCGAGGAUGAGCGAAAGCUGGCCAUCUCUCGCGUGCCAGAGGUGAAAGAAGAGCGAACCAAGAUUUCUCUGGGCUUCGCGAAGAAGGUUCUGACCUCCUGGUACUGGUGGGGAUUUGUCGUCCUCUGGAUCAUUGCUGGUGAAACCGAGUCUUUCAGCACAAAUGCCCUGCUCGCCCUCUUCAUGCAGAGUCACCCGACCAACACGUACACCAUUUCGCAGAAGAACAACUAUCCCACCGGCGUCCCUGCGGUUGGCAUCGUGUCCACCCUUUUCUGGGCCACAUUGACUGAUUUCCUCGGCGGAAAGCGCUAUCUUGUUGGAUACUGGAUCGGCCUCACGGGAAUCGCCACGUCAAUCAUGGUUCUCGUGGCAUCGCAGAACCCGACGAAUCCUACAUCAACCACCAUCACCUUUGUGGCCUACUACUGGGCUGGAUCGGUCUAUGCCUGUCAAGCCACCUUUUUCGCAUGGUGCAACGACGCCAUGCGCUUCGAGGAUGGCCUCUUCCGCGGAGUAGUCCUGGCCGGCAUGAAUCUGGGGAGCAACUCUGUCAACGCUUGGUGGAGCAUUAUUUUCUACGGUGCCUCCAUGGCGCCUUGGUUUAAGCGCGGCAUGUGGGCUAUGAUUGCUUGCUCGAUUGCUUUGAUUGUGUGGAGUGCAGGUCUAUCCUUCCUAGCUCACAAGAACAUCAAGCGGCGAGUCAUUGAGGCUCGAGAUGAGACCAAUGAAAUAGUUCAGAAUAAGGUAGACGACAAGGAGGAGAUCUAA